UAAAAAUUGAUGCAGAGCGGUGAUGUGCAGGAUGUAAGCAACGAAAACGUAAACAAGCACGCGAGAAACGGAGAGCAUGUUCAUUCACUAGAUUUACCGGAUCAUAUCGGUGGCACGCCUGUCCACACAGCAGAAUCGGUUCUGUUGUACGAUAUAGACAAAAUGAUCGUUAAAACAUCAUGUUUUACGACACAGGGCAGGGGAUCGUACCCUGAGAAGCGGAAAAUGGAGGAAUACUUGAAAUACGGUGUUAUUUAUCUGGACAAGCCGAGAAAUCCAUCAUCACACGAAGUUGUCACGUGGAUCAAAAAUAUUUUGAGAGUGGAGAAAACAGGACAUGGGGGAACGCUUGACCCGAAGGUUAGCGGUGUUCUCACCGUCUAUUUGAACAGAGGAACAAGGCUCAGCAAGAUAGAACAGAACGCAGGCAAGGAAUACGUGUGUAUUAUACGAAUUGAUGGUGAUGUGAAUGAAGAGAAAUUCAGGGAUGCGCUGCGGUUCUUUGAGGGUCGGUUGAUACAACGGCCACCAUUAAUUAGUGCUGUGAAACGGAAUGUGCGGAUGCGAUCGGUUUAUAGAAACGAAUUUCUGGAACUUAGAAAAGUUGAAAGCGCUUACUACGGGCUGUUCAAAGUCUCAUGCGAGGCAGGUACGUAUAUCAGAGUGUUGUGUGAGCACAUUGGUCUGUAUCUGGGAAUGAAAGCGGAAAUGUUGGAGCUUAGAAGGAUUCGAAGCGGAUCGAUACGUGAGGAGCAGUGUUUCACGAUGCACGACGUGCUGGACUGUCAUCAUAUACUCGAAAAAAAUAGUGAUGAGCGGUAUAUAAGACGAGUCGUGCAUCCAAUAGAAUACUCGCUCAGAAAUUACAAACGAAUAAUGGUCAAGGAUAGCUGUGUGGAUGCUCUGUGUAGCGGAGCAAAGCUGUCCCUAAAUGGUGUUAUCAGAUUCGACAGGAAUAUAAAUAUAGGAGAAAAGGUGGUCGUGAUUACCACGAAGGGUGAAGCGAUCGUUCUUGUCGAAACCCUUGUGAGCGGUACGGAGAUGCAAAUCAAUGAGUAUGGAUUGAUCGCACGCACGCUUAGGGUUAUAAUGGAGAAGGUCUGUAUAAGAGCACAUGGGGCACAAAAAAAUUUAAUAUGUUUUGAACGACCGGGUGAUGAUACCUCAAGGAGACAAGAAAAAGACGUAUUGUGCUGCAUUGAAGUUGCUGACAAAGUGGUAAAUCGCAUCCUUGAGUUUGGUAAAAUUAAAAACUGUUCAUCAGGAUCUUUGCUGAAAAUGUUGUUGCUUGCUUGA